CUUCAAACUAAUUCCAAUAAGAAGAGUAAGAAGAUCAGUAGGAGGAUUUCGUGUCAUUUGUCGCAAUAUCACGAUGAGUAGCAGAAGAGCAAUAUUGGUGAUUCCAAAUCCACUUAAUUUGGCAACCCAUUCCCCUGUUUACGCAUUAAACAGGGUGUUUAUAAGCUCGCGUCAAUUGUCACAGCGUCCUGAAGGAAGUCCGAGUAACUGGACCGACGAUAUCCGGGCUGGACCCGGAGGUACUCCGACGACGACGGCGGCCGGAAAGAUCACUCCGGAUCAGCAUGUACGAGUUAUAAACCGUCAUGAUAAUAAUCCCGACUACCGUGAGGAAGAAGACGGGAUGGAAAGGGCUAAAGAGCGGACGAGGGACGCGGCACAUGUUCUCAGCGACUUGGCUAAAGAAGGGACCGCCAAGGCCAUCGAAUCGGGUCUGGAAUUGGGCGAAAUUGCUAAGAAGACUAUGGAUGUAGCCUGGGAUGCUGCUAAGGAUACUGCAAAUAACCUCAAAGAUGCAAUCACCGGAGACGAUGAACGUCGCGAUCAUCGUCAUCGUAACCGGGUGAAUAGGAAUGGAAACGAAUCGGGUCAGGGUGACGAUGCUAGAUUCAAGAAACCUGCCGCUGGCGGUUACCAUUAGCCUGGAGUUUAACGGAACAAGUGCUUUGUUUUUGUGUUUUCUCUCUUUAAAUUUCUUGUUUGACUCCAGGUUCGAUAUAAUUGUAAGUGUUUAAUUGUUGUAGUUCAUUGCUUCAUUUCGACCGGCCGCGUUUUUUAUUUUUGCCCACUAAUUAAUAAAACCUUUUUGUUUUUCGGAAA